AUGAAGAAGCUAUGCGAUAUGAUCUCGGAAUUGGCUUCAAGUAUCCUGCCGGAUAACGGUUGGCCGGAACUGUUUCCGUUUAUGUUUCAGUGCGUUUAUUCUUAUUCUCCCAAGCUUCAAGAAUCUGCGUUCUUGAUAUUUGCCCAGUUGUCACAAUACAUUAGGGAGACUUUAAUUCCACACAUAAAGCAUCUUCAUGGCGUGUUUUUGCAGUGCCUGACUAAGUCGGGGAACUCAGACGUGAGGAUUGCUGCUUUGAGUCAUGCUACUGCUCAAGAGGCAUUGGAAUUGUUGAUUGAGUUGGUAGGGACUGAGCCUAGGUUCUCGAGGAGGCAGUUAGUGGAGGUGGUGGGGUCUAUGUUGCAGAUAGUUGAAGCAGAUACUCUAGAAGAGGGCACACGACACCUAGCCAUUGAGUUUAUGAUCACGCUAGCAGAGGCCAGAGAGAGGGCACCUGGUAUGAUGAGGAAGUUGCCACAGUUUAUCAGCAGGUUGUUCUGCAUUUUAUUGCAGAUGUUGUUGGAUGUCGAGGAUGAACCUGCUUAG